AUGGACGACGAAGAGGAUGAGAUCCUCGCCGAAUACCCUAUUUAUUUAUCCACAGAACUCAGUCAAUAUCUUUAUCUCUUUCAAUAUCCCAUGCGAUCAACGCCUUUCAACAACAAAACAGGUCCUACAGCAGCACGUUUAAAGCCCAAAGCCAAAAUGGUCGAACUCGAUCUACCUCUCGAUACCCGAUCGCCGCAUUACAGCACAGAAAGAGGCGAAGAUUUUGCCAUGGGUCUCAAUGACAAGACAUUUAAAACCGCUUACGAUCGUCGUAUGGAAGAACACGAAGAAGAAUUGAGCGGCUAUGGCAGAUCGCGACAAACUAAAAAAGAAGAAGACGAACUCCUGGACAAAAUGACACUCACGUCCGUCCAAGUGCCAUGUCAAACAAAAUAUGCGAUUGGUGUCAUCCGCGACGAAGCACUUCACAUUACGCCGAUACGCACAACGAUCCAAUUGAGACCGGGAUUCAAAUACAUUGAUAAAAUUGACGAAAAGUGGAAAGCAGCCAACAAGCGUAUUCAGGAUGUAGAAAAACAAGAGGAAAAGAAACGUUCAACAGAGCCUGGCACGGUGCAAUCCGUGCAAGUGUCCUCUUAUCAAGCAGAGAAAGUCUGCGAGAAACUCUAUUGUUCGUCCAAGGAACCAUUGGAAUGUCUUACCACCAAAUCCAAGUACCUUGAACAGUUGAGCGGAAUAAAACUACCCUAA